AUGGUUCAAAUCUCCACCUCCACUCUGGCUGUUGCCGCCCUCGCCGCUGGCGCCGCUCUCCCCGCCUUGGCUGCGCCGAUCGGGGACAGCUCCUUCGUCGAGGAGAACGCUGCUCGUUCCAUGGACAUUGAAGGCCUCGAGGCCCGUGGUCUCUUACUCCCAGGAGGUCCACGAAGGCCUAUCGGUUGGAAGGGCGUAAUGCCGCCACGUUCUCUCGAUGGAUCGGAUAACCUAGAGACACGAGGGCUCCUAAUUCCAGGAGGCCCACGAAGGCCUAUCGGGUGGAAGGGCGUAAUGCCCCCGCGAUCGCUCGGCAUGGACGACUUGGAAGCCCGUGGGCUUAUCAUGCCCGGUCAGAUUGUUCCUCCCGGGUGGGCUGGCGCCCCCUCCGUUGGCCUAUUGAGCAGUGGAACCCGCAAGCGCCCGCGGUCGCUCGACGCUGACGAUCUGGAGGUCCGAAUGUUGCCACUCCCAGGCCAAUCACUCUUCAGACGGCCUCGUGGCGCUAAUCCCCUCCUGGUCUACAAGGGUGUGCGCCCGCGAUCAUUCGAGAAUGAAGACCUUGAGGCGCGGCUUAUGCCAAACCCGCGCCUACCGAACCUUGGAAUGCCUUCGAAUCGGUUCAUUUACAAAGGCGUUGGGGUGAGACCGAGAUCAUUUGACAUCGACGAGCUUGAGGCUCGGUCGAUUGAUGAGCUUGAUUGA